AUGUCCUUUAAAUACUGCUAUGUUCUAGACCUACUAAAAAUAGACACAUUAUUUCCAAUAUUUAAAAACAAAGGAAACAUUAAUGAUGCUAUUAACUAUCAUGGAAUAACUGUCACUCCAACCUUAUCGAAAAUAAUAGAAAAGAUUUUGAAAUUGAGAGAAAAUGUAAAAAUUAUAGAAUCUCAAAACCAAUUACAAAGUGGAUUCACAGAGGAUACCACCCCAUUAAUGUGUGAACUCAUCAUAGAGGAAUUUGAGAGAGAAAAUAAAGACCUAAAAAGACCAACUUAUUUAGCUAUGCUUGAUGGGAAAUCAGCCUUUGAUGUUGUGGUACAUGCAAAUCUCAUUAGAAGACUAUACCAAAUUGAAAUAUCCGACCAAUCUCUACUAAUGAUACAAAAUCUGUACCAUAAUGCUGCUACAUGCAUUAAAUGGAAUGGUCAUCUGUCACAAUCUUUUCUAGUAGAAUAA